AUGAGGAGAUCCCCAGCUCCAAAGACGUGAUGGCGGAGACCACCAGCUCAGAAGAGGAGCAAGACCCCAGCGGCUUCCUCCCGAUCGGUCGCCCCUUCGGCCCCCAGAACCAGAUCGCCGAAAGCCCCAUGGAUGGCCAAGCUAUGAGACGCUCCAGCCAAGGGUCCUUCACCAGGGCCAGCUUGGAAGACCUGCUGAGCGUGGAUCCCGAGGCCUAUCAAAGCUCCAUGUGGCUGGGCACGGAGGACGGGUGCAUCCACGUCUAUCAGUCUUCGGAUAACAUUCGCAACAGGAAGAACAGCCUGAAGAUGCAACAUUCGGCCUCUGUGACCUGCAUUUU